AUGAACAAGGACGAAGCUAUACGGUGUCUCUCUAUCGCACAGAAGCACAGAGACGCAGCUAAUUACUCCUCGGCCCGGAAAUUUGCCCUCAAAUCUAUUUCUCUUUUCGAGACACCGGAAGCCCAUAAAUUAUUACAAUCCAUUGACAACGCGGAAGCUGCGUCUGCGUCUUCAUCGUCCAGCGGGUACUCAGGCUCAACAUCGAAUGCAGCGUCAAGCUCAGCAUCAGGCGCUGAGACCCACCCUUCAGCAACAGGUGCUACGCAUAGACAUACACAGUCGUCUAGUACGCAACCGAAUGGUACCGCUGGAGGUCAGGGUGGGAAAAAGAGAGAAUAUACGGCGGAGCAGCAUUCGAUGGUCAAAAAGAUUCGGGCAUGUAAGAUCACAGAAUACUACGAGAUAAUGUCGUUGAAGAGAGAUUGUGAGGAGGUGGAAGUUAAGAAGGCCUAUCGAAAGCUCGCACUUGCCUUGCACCCAGACAAAAACGGUGCUCCAGGAGCCGAUGAAGCGUUCAAAAUGGUAUCAAAAGCAUUUCAAGUCUUAUCAGACCCUCAAAAACGUCGUGCUUACGACGCAAGUGGUUCUGAUCCUGAAGAUCGUACAUCACGUUCUCCAGACUUUUCGGCUAAUUCUUUCGGCGGCGGAGGACAAGCAUUUGAGGGUGAGAUGAGUCCAGAAGAUUUGUUCAAUAUGUUCUUUGGCGGUGGCGGGAAUGCCUUCGGAGGUGGCCCCGUUUUCACGACAACUUUUGGUCCCGGAGGCUUCCGUACUACUCGUAUGGGGAACUUUAAUGGGGCUGCUAGACAUCAGGAACAACAAGCCAAUCAAGUUCCACGUUCAACAUUCAUCCAACUACUUCCACUUAUAAUCUUAUUCGGAUUUUCUAUGCUAUCUGCUCUUCCCAAUCUUUUCGCUACACCACCAGUACCUGAUCCCAAUUUCUCUUUCGCCUCAACCUCAAGAUAUCAUCUGGAAAGACAUACACCAACGCGGGACGUCAUUUACCACAUCAAUCCCGCAGAAUUCAUGCACCAUCCUGUCCUAGGUCCCGAACUCGUACGAGACGGCGUGGAUUUGAAAGCCGAGUACCAAAAGGUGAAGAAGGAGAAGGAGUCCAAGAAGAAGGAACAGACGGAAGAGAGAAAAGAGAAACCAAAGGAUGAUGAGGAGAAGGAAAAGACCAAAGUAAAGCGAGGUCCUCACAUGACAAAAUUCGAAGAUGGCGUCGAGAGAGCGUACAUCUCCGAAGUGUGGACCCAAUGCAGACGUGGCCAGGAUCGUAAAGAGCGCUUGCUUGACGCAGAAAGGGGAAUAUUCGGAAUAGGAACUGACUGGGAUAAAGUCAGAAAGAUACAAAAGGAGCCAAUAGAAGCUUGCGUUGAGCUGGAGCGGUUAGGUGUUGGCAGAGGACAGAUGUGA